UGCGGGUGGAGCCCAGCCCCGUCGGGCGGCGGUUGGACUGCAGGACCCGGGCAGUUGCAGAGGACGCGGCGGAGCGAGCGAGCCGGCGGGUGAGAGAGAGAGAGAGAGGACCAGGCCAUGGAGAGCCAAAUCCAGCGGGUUCGCGAGGCGUUCGCGUCCGGCCGGUCGCGCCCCGUGAAGUUUCGGCUGCAGCAGCUCGAGGCCCUGCGCAGGAUGGUGCAGGAGCGCGAGAAGGACAUCCUGGAGGCCCUCGCCGCCGACCUGUGCAAGAGUGAACUCAACGCAUACAGUCAGGAAGUCAUUACCAUUCUUGGCGAACUUGAUCUCGUGCUGGAGAAUCUUCCUGAAUGGGUUACUGCUAAACCGGCUCAGAAGAACCUGCUCACCAUGCUGGAUGAGGCCUAUGUUCAGCCGGAGCCCCUGGGAGUUGUACUGAUUAUUGGAGCUUGGAACUACCCCUUUGUUCUCACCAUUCAACCUCUGAUCGGAGCCAUUGCUGCAGGAAAUGCUGUCAUUAUCAAGCCUUCUGAACUAAGUGAAAAAACGGCUAAGAUCUUGACCGAACUCCUCCCACAGUAUUUGGACCAGGACUUGUAUGCUGUUAUUAACGGUGGCGUCAAAGAGACCACGGAGCUCCUGAAGCAGCGGUUUGACCACAUUCUCUAUACGGGGAGCAUGGCGGUCGGGAAGAUUGUCAUGGAAGCCGCCGCCAAGCAUCUGACCCCCGUGACGCUGGAGCUGGGAGGGAAGAGCCCAUGUUAUGUCGACACGGAUUGUGACCUGGACGUUGCCUGCAGGCGUAUAACUUGGGGGAAGUACAUGAAUUGUGGCCAAACCUGCAUUGCUCCUGACUACAUUCUCUGUGAACCGUCCCUCCAGAAUCAAAUUGUGCAGAAGAUUAAGGAAACCCUGAAGGAAUUUUAUGGCGAAAAUAUAAAAGAAUCUCCUGAUUAUGAGCGGAUCAUCAACCUUCAUCAUUUUAAGAGGAUACUAAAUUUGCUUGAAGGACAAAAGAUCGCUUUCGGUGGGGAGACCGACGAGGCGACGCGCUACAUAGCCCCAACAAUCCUUACUGACGUCGAUCCUGAAGCCAAGGUGAUGCAAGAAGAAAUUUUCGGGCCAGUUCUUCCCAUCGUGUCUGUGAAGAAUGCCGACGAAGCCAUAAAAUUCAUAAACAGCCGUGAAAAGCCGCUGGCUUUCUACAUCUUUUCUCACAACAAUAAGCUUGUCCGACGGAUGAUCGACGGCACGUCCAGCGGCGGCGUCACCGCCAACGACGUUAUCAUGCACUUCACCCUCAGCUCGUUGCCCUUCGGAGGAGUGGGUUCUAGCGGCAUGGGAGCCUAUCACGGCAAAUACAGUUUCGAUACCUUCUCGCAUCAACGUUCCUGUCUACUAAAAAGUUUAAAGAGGGAAGGUGCUAACAAGCUCAGGUAUCCUCCCAACAGCCAGUCAAAGGUGGAUUGGGCAAAAUUUUUCCUCCUGAAGCGCUUCAACAAAGGAAAACUCGCUCUGCUGUUACUGGCUUUCCUGGGCUUGGUGGUGGCCGUGCUGGCCAAGAAAUACCAAGCUGUGCUGAGGAGAAAGGCCUCAGAAAGGCCUGUUGCUUUUUCUGGCAUUUUAGACCGUGUUGUCCAGUAAGCCGUGACGGACAGCCGAUUCCACGACCCAGCUCUGUUAAGAGUGAGGCUGGAUACUACUGAAGAAAGAUCCUGUUCAAUCUCCUGGUUGCCGCUACUGAAUUAUUCCUCUAUUAAAUAGCUAAAAUCCUACCCAAAAUAGUAGGGAAAUAGGCAAAUGCACCAUAAUCAACUCUCAAAGUCAUUGCCACUCCCCAGGGAUAAAACUUGCCAUCUCAGCCAAACCCCAGCCUUCCCCCCCACAGUGGGGGGGACGCGGAGAACCCAUUUUACAUUGUGUCACCCAGACCUUAGAGCUUGAGUCUAAGGGAGGAGCAUAGGAUAGGUGAAACCUGGACUCCUUGGGAGAUGUAGAGGAGUCUCCGAACCUGUUGAGUGACUUCUUCACUCCAGUUCAUGGGACACAGGACACCCCGCCCCCACCCCUGCUGCCUUCCACCAUCUUGCUGUGAAGCCGUCUGUCAGGGGCCCCUCCCUGCCCAGGGUUAUCCGAAACCAUCUGCAUCCAGAGAGGUGAGGCUAGACCUUUCCAGCUCUGCUUGAGGUUUGAGGCACUAGAAUUGUACAUGGGGUUGGCGGGGGGGGGGUCCCUGUCCCUCAUCCACUGGGACACAGGACUUGACUUUCAGGAGUCAACCCUCCUGUCAGAUGUACCGUCGGACCAGUGGGCUUCCUCCUUUCUCAGCCAUUCUCCACCCUCUCUCGUGUUUGGUUUGGGACAGUCUCUUGUGGCUGUCCAGAAAUGCCUUCUGCAAUUAAUACCACGCAAAUCAUCUUGUCCGUCCCAGGGCGUCUGGGAAGACAAGCUGCCAAUUUCACGCAAGUAUCCUCUGUCAUUCUUCCUGUGUAGGAGUUGUAGGAUUCCGCAUCUCAUAAAACCUAACGGGCGUGUUUUUAUGCUGCAAUAAAAUGACUUAUAACAAUA